CCCGGCGCGGCGGAGCAGGCGGCGGCGGCCGCCGCCCUGCUCUACGACAUGAAGGGCUGCUACUCGCGGCUGCGGGCGCUGGUGCCCACGCUGCCGCGGCACCGGCGCGUCUCCAAGGUGGAGAUCCUGCAGCACGUCAUCGACUACAUCUGGGACCUGCAGCUCGUGCUGCAGCCGGGCGCCCCCUGCGCCGCCCCCGCCGGAGACCCUCCCGAGGCUCCGUGCAUGCCGGCUGCCGACCGCAUCCUGUGCCGCUGAGGCUGCUCCGCGCCGCCGAGGACUCUGCCCGUGUCUGGUCCGGUGCCUGAUCCGGUACCGUGGCCAGCCCGGCACCGAGGAGGCAGCAGUGCCUGUCUCAUGAUGGGACCGUGCUGCGGGUGGCCAGGUGGCCCUGCUGGGGCUGUGUUCCCGGCCCCGUGCCUUGUAUCCUUCUCAGAUUGCUGAGAGCAUUCCC